AUCCGUUAAAAAAACUGUUAACGUCUUCGUUAACUGCCUACGUGAACAUCGCAGAUUCCACGCAUAUGUGCCACGUGAAUUAAAUUAAAAGAAAUUAUAAAAAAUCUCAAUUAAAAACUAACGUUAAAAAUAAUUUUAUUUUAAAACUUAGAUCCUUCUCUCCAACCCAGAUUCUCCAGCCCCUUAAUCCGCCACUCCCAUGGCCGCGAGCACUGGCGGAAGACACCCACAUCGACCUCCACGAGCCUCUCACCACACCGUUCAUUACAGAGAUAGAGGUCGAGGAUUAUGGCGAGCUCAGCGCAUGUGGUGGAUCAGUCGUCGAGCAAAACGGGUCCUGUGGGGCUACCCGAUUUACAUCAAAUCCGGAUUGAUUGAUCAGCCAUUCAAAGGUUCAGAUCUGGUCUCCUCGGUAAUGUGUCUUGGCUGCAGGUGCAGCGGGAAAAGGAGAGAAGACGGGACCAAAACCCAGUGCGACGAAAAGAAAUCAAGCGGAUCAAAACCCAUUAUAGAUUUCGAGAAAACAAGAAAAACCCAUGAAUCGAAAAGCUUAAAGAGUCAAAGAAAUGGGAAAUUUUGCAGAAGGACGACUGACCUCUUUGACUUCAGUGGAACACUCCGAAGGGUCGGAGAACGAUCUCUUCAGGCAGGCCGAUUCACCCAUCUUAGUGUUCUUGCUUUCUCUGAAGGAAUGCUGCUUCUCAUUGAAUGAGAUUUGAGAUUGGCGAAGUGCAAGGUGCAAUAAAACUACCAGUCAAUACUCAAUACAACAACCAGUCUACUACUUGUAGAGAUUGUCUGAGUGCUCUCUCUUCUUUGUCCACUUUGUAGUUUCUUCAUCUAUUAAUUUUCUUGGCAAAUCCACACAAAAUUUCUUGUCACUUUUAUUGCAACAGCUUUUCUCUCUCUCUCCCCCCCUCAAAGGCCGAUACAAUUUUGAUCAAGGUAGUGCUCCAAUGGCGAGGCCUGGCAACAAGAUCAUACAAGCCAAACUGGUGGGUGCUUCUAGGGGACAUGGGAACUGGGAAAACCAGCUUGGUGUUAAGAUUUGUCAAAGGCCAGUUCUUCGAUAACCAGGAACCAACGAUAGGAGCAGCUUUUUUCACUCAAAUACUGUCUUUAAGUGAAGCCACUGUGAAGUUUGAUAUAUGGGACACCGCAGGACAAGAACGAUACCAUAGCUUGGCUCCUAUGUACUAUCGUGGUGCAGCAUCGGCUGUAGUCGUGUAUGACAUCUCAAGCACGGAGACAUUUACUCGAGCCAAAAAAUGGGUUCAAGAAUUGCAGAGGCAAGGGAAUUUGAACUUGGUGAUGGCAUUGGUUGCAAAUAAGUGCGAUUUGGAGGCAAAAAGAGAGGUCGAGAGUGAGGAAGGGGAGCAAUUUGCUCAAGAGAAUGGGAUGUUUUUCUUGGAAACAUCAGCCAAAACCGCGCAGAACAUUAACGAGCUUUUCCAUGAAAUAGCAAAGAGACUAGCAAGAGCUGCUCCCGCAAAGCCUGCCAGAGCGAAUCUAAACAGCGAAACACGAGACAGAAGAAGAAUGGGAUUUUGCUGCUUGGGAUGACUUGACGACAUUUUUUGAGCAAUCUCAUUUUGCCUGUGGCUCGAAGAUCGUCGUUUUCUUCAAAGUGCAAAGUCGAAGUCUUAACAAAUUGCCCCCAGGAAAUCAAACAUGUUACUGAUUGAAAGAUACAUCUGUACAUAAGAUUCGUAUACGUUCUGCAGAACAUCAAUGUUGCCUUGACAAUCAUAUUCGUAUGUCGCCGAUGUUCAUCGAAAGCAUAUGAAGCAGAGUGUAGCCAUUACAAAAAAAAAAACUUAGGUUGGAUGGAUCAGCUCAUCUGUAGACUAACUGUAAAGGCAGUCCUCAUUCUUUUUCAUCAGCUUGUGUGUGGUUUCCAACCAUCUAUACAUCUUUUUCCUACAAGGGGUUAUCUAGCUCA